CAAUCAUCAACAUCAUCAUCACUGCAUUGAUCCCUAUCCAUUUGAUCGAAUAGUUCGUAACGGAUCCAACACCGUCUACACCGUCUAGUGGUCUGCGGACGCUGUUGCGUCGACUACAGCUUUAUGGAUGAGGUGCUGGCGGACUCGGAUGAAGCGGCCGAGCGAGAGGCCCAGGAGCUCUACAAUCAACUAAGUCCCGAAGGCCGCGCUGAGAUUGAUGCACGAUGGGGGCCCCCGAAUCAUACUGCGAGUAUGAGCCCUGCUCUUACAGAUGGCUUCAGACGAGGCACAGGGCGAGUGCUCCCCACCAAGUUUGUGCCGCCAUCGCCAGCAUGUACACCCGACAGCUUGUUCCCUCUCGGCAUCAGUCAUCAAGCCAUCCCUGAGGUCACUCGAUUCAUACGCCGCGACGACCCUAAGCAAUUCCUCAUAUACACCGACGGAUCGUGCCUCAACAACGGACAAGCCAACCCCAAAGCAGGCUGGGCAUUCGUCUUCCGGCCGGCGUCAACAACCCCUGCAGGCAUCAUAUCCGGGCGCCUCGAAAACAAUGGCCCCUUUGGAGACGAACACGGCCAGACUAGCAACCGCGCCGAACUGCGAGCCGUUCUCGCCGCAUUACGCUUCCGCCACUGGGUAGGCGAGGGCUUCAGCACGCUGGUCCUUGCCACCGACUCGGAAUAUGUCGCUAAAGGUGCCACCGAGUGGAUUCGCGGCUGGGUACGCAACGGAUGGACAACCCGUACUGGCGCUGAUGUUAAGAACAAGGAUCUGUGGGAGAUGCUCCUAGGGGAGGCUGAAAGAUGGCAAGAUAGAGGAUUGGCGAUUCAGUUUUGGAGGAUCCCCCGCGAGUUGAAUGUCGAGGCUGACCGCGCGGCUAAGGAAGCUGCAGAUGAUGAGGAUGUAGCGAGGUACUAUAGGGUUAUAGGUAUGCUCCACUAAUUUAAGCUAAUAUAUAUACUAGUAUUAAGUA